GGUCUCUCAGCUCAAGCUGAAGUUGAAGCUGAAGCUGAAGCUGCAGUCGCGACUCCCAACUGUCUGGCAUAUCCUUUUUUUCUCUUUUGUUCUGUGUGUUCGCUCAUUCGUUUGUUUGUGUGUGUUCUCUGUGCUUCUCUGUUGUGUGAUGCAAUACGCCCUCUGCCCGCCCUCACAUGGAUCAACUGCUCAAGCAGCUGGCGGCUGCUGCGCAGGCGCACACACAACAGCAGUUGGGCCAGCCAGGGUUGCCAACGUUGCCUGGGUUGCCAGGCUCGCUGCAUCUCUAUGCAGCUGCCGCAGGCUGGGCGCCAUUUUUUGGGGUUAAAUCCGCUCAACAGCUCCGCUGGCAACUCCAACUCCAAUUAUCGCUCUGCCUCAGCCUCAGCCUCAGCCUCUGCCCACAUGCUGCGUCACAUGGCGCUGUUGCAGCGCUUCAGAGAGCAGCAGGAGGUUAAAGAGCAGCAGUUGGUGGCGGAGGCAGAGGCGGAAGAAGAGCAAGACGAAGAGGAACUGGAAGUGGAAGUGGAAGAAUUGGAACAAACCAAAGUCAACGGAGUCUCCUCACCCGAUGUCGAAGCCUCCGCCCACGACGAUGAUGGCACAACGGCCAGCGAGAGCGGCGCUGCCUCAACUGCCUCAGUUGCCGCUGCUGCUGCUGCUGCAAAGCAUCGACGCAGCCGCACCAAUUUCAACACCUGGCAGCUGGAGGAGCUGGAGCGAGCGUUUCUUGGCAGCCACUAUCCGGAUGUGUUUAUGCGCGAGGCGCUGGCCAUGCGACUGGAGCUGAAGGAGGGGCGCAUUGCGGUCUGGUUCCAAAAUCGUCGAGCCAAGUGGCGCAAGAAGGAGCACACAAAGAAGGGUCCAGGCCGGCCGGCGCACAACGCUCAGCCGCAGAGCUGCAGCGGAGCACCGAUUCCGCUGCCCGAACUGCGAGCCCGGGAGCAGGCACAACGCAGCAAACGCAUUGCCAAAGCCAUCGAUCGGCAGGCGCGCAAACUGCGUCUGAAGGGCAUUGAGGUGGACAUGACGCAGCUUCAGGCUGACUAUCUGUCGACGCACAAGGAUGUGGAUCAGCUGAGUGCUGGGUGCAGAGAUGACGAUGAGUUGCCCAUCGAUGUUGUGGGCGAGUGCAGCGACAGCUUGGACAACUCGCACUCGCUUAGCUCCACGUUUGCCACAUUGACGCCGCAGACAAACCAAAGAAGCUGUCACGAAGAUAGCUGCGAUGGCAACGGGAAUGUGAAUGGGAAUGAGGCUGGGGAUGCUGUGAUAAAAGUGGAGCCGCUGGAAUCACCCGCUGAAAUUUCCAAGCCUCCGUCACAGCACAAAGGACAUUACAACUCCUCUUUCAGCAUUGAAUCCUUGCUCGGCACAUAGCAAAAACAUCGUCAACAGAACUAUAUUUAAUAUUAAUAUAAGGUUUUUUUUUCUUCCAUCGAAUAAGACACUUUGAAGCGUGGA